AUGACGGACACGACACCUGACGCCCCCGCCGUGAAGCAGCCCACAUGGUACCCGCCACGCCCCAUUGAUGGCCUCACCGAGUACUGGAACACGCACUACCCGCUGCGCUUGUACAACAGCAUGACGCGCAGUAAGACUGCUUUUGUGCCCAUGCAGGGCAAGCGCGUGCUCUGGUACAUGUGCGGCCCCACUGUGUACGAUCAGACGCACUUGGGUCACGGACGCACCUACACAUGCUUUGACUACGUGCGUCGCAUUCUGGAGGACUAUUUCGGCCUGGAGGUGGAGCUCGUCAUGAACAUCACGGAUAUUGACGACAAGAUCAUCCUGCGAGCCUCCGAGACCGGCUGGCUUGAGGCCAACCCGGGCAAGGAACUGCCUAAGGACAAAGACGAGAAGGCUAAGCUCGUCAUGGAGUGGGCCUCCCAGCAGUCCGCCGAGGACAACAUGCGUCGCACACGUGAGCUGUCCAAGUUCUGGGAGAAAUCCUUUCUCGAAGACAUGGCUGCGCUCAAUAUCAAGACCCCCACAGUCAUCACCCGUGUAAGCGAAUACGUUCCCGAGGUCGUUGAGUUUGUGGAAGGAAUCAUCAAGAACGGCUUUGCCUACGAGAGCAACGGCUCCGUGUACUUCGACACAGCGGCGUUUGGACAGUCCAAGGGCAAGGCGUACGGCAAACUGCUGCCCGAGAACGUCGGCCAGUCGGAGCUGCUAGCUGAAGGUGAAGGCGCAUUGUCAGCUGGGCAGUCGGACAAGCGCAACGCCAGCGACUUUGCGCUGUGGAAGAAAUCGAAGAGUGGCGAACCGUUCUGGCCCUCUCCUUGGGGUGAGGGACGUCCUGGAUGGCACAUCGAGUGCUCAGCCAUGGCAAGUGAUGCGCUGAAACAUCUGGCUGGCGGUAAGAUUGACGUCCACUCGGGCGGCAUCGACCUGCGCUUCCCACACCACGACAACGAGAUCGCGCAGUCUGAGGCGUACUUUGACUUCUCGCAGUGGGUCAACUACUUCGUGCACACUGGCCAUCUGAAUAUUGAAGGUCUUAAGAUGUCGAAGAGUCUGAAGAACUUUGUCAAGAUCCAGGAGGCGCUUAUGGACAACUCGCCGCGUCAAUUGCGCUUCCUGUUUUUGCUGCACAAGUACAAUGUGCCCAUGGACUACAACGACAACUCGAUGGACGAGGCUGUCGGUGUUGACCGGUUCUUCACCGAGUUCUUCGCUAAUGUCAAGGCGCGUCUUCGUGAACUUGGAGUGGAGAAGACUCAGAAGUGGACGCCUGUGGAGAAGGCGCUGCACGGAGCCUUGCUGGACUGUAAGGAGAAGGUGUUCCGUGCGCUAAGCGACGACAUCAACACGCCGUUGGCGCUGCUGCACUUGCAGCAACUAGCCAAGGAGGUAAACCGCUACAUGGCUGGAGAUAUCGAGAAGCCGACUUCGAUGCUGAUCCGUUCCAGUGCUGAGUACAUUACGCGCAUCCUGUCGAUCUUUGGGCUUGUGACCUCCGCUACUGACAUCGGUUUCCCGCUUGGCUCGGGUGCGACUGGCGGUGCCGACCAGGAGACGGUCCUUACGCCGGUGCUCGACAUCUUUGCGCAGUUCCGUGACGAGAUUCGUGAGGCUGCGCGCUCUGCAGCUGCGGAAGGCGGCGACCCGAAGGCUCUGGCCAACACUGUGCUGCGUCUGUGUGACGUUGUCCGUGAUGAGAAGCUGCCGUAUGCUGGCGUGCGUCUGGAGGACCGCUCUGCUGGUGCAGCGGUGUGGAAACUGGCGAACAAGGACGAGCUGAUUGAGGAGCUGGAGAAAAAGAAACAGGAGAAGAUCAGAAAGGAGGAGCAGAAGCGAUUGCGAUUGGAGGAAGAGGCUCGAAAGAAGGCUGAACUGGCUGAAAAGGCCAAGAUUCCUCCUAGCGAGAUGUUCCUGGGCAUGAAGGACAAGUACUCCAAGUUCGACGACAACGGUCUGCCGACACACGAUGCUGCGGGUGAGCCGUUGAGCAAGGGACAAACUAAGAAACUGGCAAAGGAACAAGCCAAGCAGAAGGCGCUUUACGAAAAGCACAACAGCAACUAG